CACAUAAAUCUACUGACCUUAAAACCCUUCUCUAGCUUUCAUCUUUCUCCUUCCUCCGUCGCACCAAAAAAAAACUUCCUAUGUUUCCUCAGAUGCGAAGGGCUGCUGGACUCUCCGCCGUUCGCCGCGCCGUAGGCGGCGUGGCCUCCGCGGACCAGCACCACCGCCUGUUCCAGGCGGCGCUCUUCAGCGCCAGCAGCUAUAACUCAUCGUCCAGAUCUCAAUGGUUCUCGUACAACGGCAUCGCCGGCGACAAGGCCUCACGCGCCGCCACGCACGCUGUUUUCGGAACGAUGCUGUUCUCCACGGCCGCCACUUCUAUCGUCGAGGAGGCUCACGCCAAAGAGACCGUUAAUUUCCGGCCGAAAGAAGUCGUUCUGUACCAGUAUGAAGCUUGCCCUUUCUGCAAUAAAGUUAAAGCAUUCCUGGAUUACUAUGACAUACCAUACAAAAUUGUGGAGGUCAACCCUCUUAGCAAAAAGGAAACCAAGUGGUCUGAAUACAAGAAAGUGCCCAUAUUGAUGGUUGAUGGAGAACAAAUGGUUGACUCAUCAGAUAUAAUUGAUAAAUUGUACAGAAAGAUCAAUCCUGACGUGUCCACUAAUUCUGCUGAAGAAAGUGAAGAGAAGAAGUGGCGGAGAUGGGUGGACAACCACUUGGUGCACGUUUUAUCGCCUAAUAUAUACCGAACUAUUUCUGAGGCUAUUGAUUCAUUUGACUACAUCACUACAAAGGGCAACUUCAGCUUCAUGGAGAAAUUAAGUGCAAAAUAUGCUGGAGCUGGUGCAAUGUAUUUUAUAUCAAAGAGGUUGAAGAAAAGGCACAACAUUACUGAUGAGAGGGCGGCUUUGUAUGAAGCUGCCGAAACAUGGGUAGAUGCUCUUCAGGGUCGAGAUUUUCUAGGUGGAACGAAGCCCAACUUAGCUGACCUUUCCGUCUUUGGUGUCUUAAAAUCCAUUCGCUACCUCAGGGCUGGUAAGGACAUGGUAGAGCAUACACGCAUCGGUGAUUGGUAUGAUCGAAUGGAAAAUGUUGUUGGAGUGUCUGCUGGAUUCCGAGAAUAGAUAGGUUAUCGGUGUUGAGCUGGACGAUUGGCUUAUAACAAUAUUGGUAUUCUAGGAGUCCUGUGAUUUCAACUAGGCACGGUGUUCAUCUCCAAACCAUUAAGAUUUUCUCUUAAAAAAUAUUUUUUGAGGGCUUUCAAAAGAAAAGAGAAUAAUGUUCCUCCCUCCCCUAUCGAAGUGAGGUUACAGUAAAUGAUAAUUCUUGGUUGAUAGGUUA